AUAAUCCCUCAGUCUGUCUUCCAGGCUGCCAUGUUAUCCAUCCCGGAUCUGAUCAGGAAGAAGAGGGACGGAGAGCAGCUGACUAAUGAAGACAUCAAGUUCUUCAUCCAGUCUGUAACGACUAAACAGAUGCAGGACUGUCAGAUCGGGGCCAUGCUAAUGGCUAUUUGGCAGCGAGGGAUGGUUGCUGCUGAGAUUCAGACCCUCACAAAAGAGAUGAUGAGGUCAGGAGAGGUGAUGAGGUGGCCUGACGAGUGGAAAACGCUGAUGGUGGACAAACACUCGACAGGAGGAGUGGGAGACAAAGUGAGCUUGGUGUUGGCGCCGGCGCUGGCUGCUUGUGGCUGUAAGGUGCCGAUGAUCAGCGGGCGAGGCUUGGCACAUACAGGAGGAACUCUGGAUAAACUGGAGUCGAUUCCAGGAUUCAGCGUCCAGCAGUCAGCAGAGCAGAUUCAGACCAUACUGGACUCUGUGGGCUGCUGCAUCGUGGGUCAGACGGAGACACUGGUUCCUGCGGAUCGAGUUCUGUACGCGCUGAGGGACGCUACCAGCACUGUGGACAGCCUCCCACUCAUCACUGCUUCCAUCAUCUCAAAGAAAGGAGCAGAGUCUCUGUCUGCUCUGGUUCUGGAUGUGAAGUUUGGACGAGCGGCGCUGUACCAAGACCAGCAGGGCGCCAGACAGCUCGCUGAUCUCCUGAUGGACGCUGGGAACCAUGUGGGGAUUCGGACCGGAGCUUUGCUCAGCCGUAUGGAUGGCACCAUCGGACGAUGUGUGGGAAACAGUCUGGAGGUGAUUGAAUCUCUGGAGACGCUGAAGGGAUCCGGAACCCCAGACCUGAUGGAGCUGGUCGGCACGCUGGGUGGCAUGCUGCUGGUGAUGACGGGCAUCGCACCGAGCCUAUCAGAGGGCAGGCAACAGAUUGACCUCGCUGUGACUGGUGGAGCCGCCUUGUCCAAGUUCAAGGCCAUGAUGACGGCUCAGGGCGUGACCAAUGAGACCGCUCGGAGGCUGUGCUCCGCCCACACAGAUUACUUCAGCAUCCUGAGAAAAUCAGAGCAUCAGCUGGAACUGGAGACUCCUGCAGAUGGAGUUGUUGUUGGUGUGGAUGGUUUGGUUUUGGCUCAGGUUCUUCAUAAACUGGGGGCGGGGCGAUCCAGAGCAGGGGAGCCUGUCAAUCACAGCAUAGGGGCGGAGCUUCUGGUGUCCCCUGGUCAGAGAGUGCUGAAAGGUGCAUCCUGGUUGCGGCUUCAUUACGAGGAUCCGGCUCCAACUCCAGAUCAGAUCCAACUGCUACAGGAAGCUCUGACUGUGGAUGAAAAGGACAAAGAAGCAGGACAAGGACAUCCUUUAGUAGCAGAUGUGCUGCUGCCUCAAUGA